AUAAAUACGGGGUAUUCAAGGCUGGUAGAGUAGGACGGGCUUCUUUUUAUGGGUCGUUUGCAAAUCGCCCUAUGUGGCAGAUUCGCUGUACUACGUGGUCUGGUAUUUUUUUAGACUAUGUUGACACCCCUGACUUUAUAAAUGUUCAAUACAAACUGCUAUGUUCGUACUUUGCAUGUACACUGAGACAUUGGAAUACGCGUAGACUGCGAAAUUAACUGAAACCGAAAGCACAACAACAGAUCCACAGGCAACAAAACAGGCGCUGGUUGCCGUCUUGGGCAUUUUCGGGAAAAGCACUAUAGAGCGCUGCAUUGCUGUCCACCUCCACUUUCUCUUCCCCCAGUUACGGCCCGGACUCUGACAUGGCGCUGUCGCGGUGUAUCUGUUUGGCAAUCGUUGGUGAAUUCACCCUGCUGUUUUGUGCUGCGAUGGUCCAGUUGAAUUGCCAGCAUGAAAACCUUGGGAUAUCAAGGCAAAACUCAAUGAUCAAUUGCUCAGUGAAGGGAGCUGAGGCUUCGGAUGUAGACAUAGGCGUUGUGAUUUGGAAAAAGGAUCAGUCCACUGUGCUAAUGUACUACAGUAAAACAAUAAAAACGAAUGAUCCACGAUUUCAAUUUGCUGAGCAGAACUGGGAUACCAGAAACAGGAAUGUGUCAUUGUUGGUGACGGACACCCGGCUGGUAGAUGAAGGCCAGUAUCAAUGUCAAGUGAUAACUGACAGUGGUGAGGCCGAGGAGUACACCAGCCUCAAAGUCCACGCUAGGUACUCAAAGCCAGUAAUGAGCUCCAUUCCCAAGAACGACAUACGGGAGAACAUGAGGGUGGAGAUCUUCUGUAACGCCUCAGGGGGUUACCCAGCUGGGGUAAUUCACUGGUAUGACCAAUACAACACAAACUGGACCCGAAGCGCUGAGACAGAUGUGGUGCAGACUGAGGACAAGCUCUUCAAGCUGACGAGCAAACUGACAGUCCUGCAAGCCUCGUCCGGCUUCCUGGGAUACAGAUGUGUGGUGCUCAACAGCAAGAGACAGCAGGAAGAAGUGGCGGAAUAUAAUCUCUCAUUUGCCCUAGAUAAUGACCCAGAAAUCACAGCUCAAGCAGGGGACAGACACAGCAUGACUAUCACGGCCGUCCUGGUGGUCGUUGGGUCGCUGGCCUGUGGACUGUUGAUCCUGAUGCUGCUCAGGAGAAGGCGUUCUCAGCGUUAUCAGCAGGGUUCAGAGGUACCUGCAGGAUCUCAGUUCUAGGGCUCUGUGGACAGAUGAAGAACAUCGGAAAUUUCAAGAAAGUCUGGAGAUUAAAUACACUGAUACACUGAUCUGAUAUUUCCAUGUCAGAAAUAUUUUGGUAUAAUGUGAAUUUAAUCUUUUUUAUGCUGGUCAUUCAACUAACUGUAGCCAGGUUAUGGCUGUAAUCAUAACACCUAGCUCUUCUGUAUCACUGAAUCAUAGAAAAACUAUGAAAUAUAAUGUAUAGUGAAUUUAUUAUUCAAAUAGUGGAUGAAAAUCUUAAACGUUUAAUUGGAAGCAUAUUUUCACCAUUGUACAUAUAAAUGUUAUUGUCCAUAAAUCAGAUUACAAAAAGAAUCACCUUUUGUAAUUUUAAACAUUUUCCAUGUAAAAUAAGCACUUAUAUUUUUAUAAGUGUGUUUUUUCUGUGUUCAAUAGAGCUUACAUUCUUUGUGUGAAAAAAAUCUUUUGUACAUUUCAUGUAUUUUUAACUGAUAUUUGAGCAUUGUGUUGAACAUGAUGUAAAAAAUAAAAUCUGUAAUUAACCCAUUUGAAUUUUGAAGCGUCACUGUAGCCUGCAAGCUCAUCACACCGUUUGUUGUAAUUUUGUUGUUUGCCGUCUACAGAUAUCCUAAAAGGUGUGGGUGGGAAACAAUUUUUUAAAAUAGUUUUGCGUUUCCUCGUAAUAUGUUUGCGAUCCCACAGCACUUGCCCACUUGCUGCAACGGGACAGUACGGAGAAACCUAUAUAAUACAGACCUGUACCGUUUAGAUUGGUACAAUCAUUACUAGUAACACAAAACUAUUGCAAGGGGACCAGGGAAGUUUCUAGGUAUUGAAAAGAUCAGUCAGGUUUACCUGGGGCUUGACUUGUUUUGAAGGAAGGAAGGAAGAUUGGCAUCGGGGCUAAAAUACUCGGGGCUGGGCUUAAAAUACUCUGGGUUAUAGCCCCUGGUGAUCGGACCUAGCGGUGCCCAUGGAGGGAAUGCAAAAGUCUUUCAAAAAACAUUUUCCCACCCUGACGCAUUUUGCAUUUUGUUUUUUGUUUUUUUUUUUGGGGGGGGGGCGUCACAGGUGUUAAAUUAUAUUCAAACAAAUUGUGUGACAUUUGAUAUUCCACCUUGAUUUUUUGAAAAAAGUGACAGCCCUUCAUUUCAUUUUUAUAUGUUUCUUUUAAUUUUCAUUUGUGAAAUAUAAAAUCAAACAAUUCA